AGACCUUGCAACACUGCUAGUCCGGCACUGUGCAGCACUAAAUUAUAAGUGCAAAAAUUCGCAGUAGGAAAUUUAUAGCCAACGUGAUUAAAUUAAGCCCAUUUUCGUGGGAAUUAACGAUCGUAAAGGCCGUAGAUAUAAAUACUAUCUAUAGGAGACACUAGAGAGUGUCUUUCGCAAGAGCCCAGGAAACGCCGAGGAUCGCCCCAUAGAUCAUCAUGCCACGAGGAAAGUUCGUCAACCACAAGGGUCGCAGUCGCCAUUUCACAUCGCCCGAGGAAUUGCAGCAGGAAUCGGAGGAGGACAGCGAUCAGACCAGUGGCUCCGGCUCCGAAUCCGAUGGCAAGGGAGGGGCCAGUGGUUCCAAGCCGAAGGUGCCGGCGCCCAGGAAACCUCCAGCCGGAAAUCGACAGAAAGCCAGAUCUUCUGCCGGAGCAGGUGCCGUCAGCAGCUCGGAAUCGGAAUCCGAGGAGGACUCGGAGGAUGACUCCGAUCUGGAAUCGCGCGACGCCAAGAAGGGCGUGGCCUCACUCAUCGAGAUCGAGAAUCCCAACCGGGUAACCAAGAAGGCCACCCAAAAGCUAUCGGCCAUCAAACUGGACGAUGGUCCCGGCUCGGAAGGCGGCAAAGGUGGUGCCCCUAAGCCGGAGCUCUCCCGCCGCGAAAGGGAGCAGAUUGAGAAACAGAAAGCCCGCCAGCGAUACGAGAAGCUCCAUGCCGCUGGAAAAACCACCGAGGCAAAGGCCGAUCUGGCCAGACUGGCACUAAUCCGGCAGCAGCGCGAGGAGGCGGCCGCCAAGAGGGAGGCGGAGAAGAAGGCAGCCGAUGUGGGCACCAAAAAACCAGGUGCCAAGUAAUGUCCUCCAUUUCCUGCUCCUCCUCCUUUCCCGAACACCCAGUCCCCUCCAACAGAAAACACAGAGCUCUCAAUCCCGAAGAAAACAAACAAACAAACAAAAACAAACAGGGCUAAAUGGCAAUUAGUUAAACUUAAAUUAACCAAUGCUUCAAGUUUUCUAAGCCUCUCUUUUGUAACUGCAAACUAAACAAAAAAAAGAAUAUUAUAAUAAUAAACCGACUUAUUAUAAA